AUGAGUAUAAACAACUCUAGGUCUGGAAUUAAUAACCAAACUCAUCAAAUUGCACAUGGAAGGAGUGUAAGGCUAGGUGACCGAAGUGAGGGAGUAACAAAUAGGAGAAUGGUGACUCAGGUUAUUGAAAUGAAUACCAGAAGUUAUUCUUCAGACAGGGUGAAUUUUGAAUCAGGGGAUACUACUCACACCUCAGUUGAGCCGGUUGAACUUAACAGUAACCGAACAACCUUAUCUCCAAGAAGUUAUGACCCUGAAAAUAACUCAGCGACUCUAAGGGAUUCAGACUUCACACAACAGGUCAACAUGCACCGUGUAAACCAGUUACAAUCUGGAAGCAGAGUUCAAAACUGUAUGGUUUGGAGUAAACUGGGAAUAAAUAAGACUAGAGCCUAUGGAAAAUUGUUCAGGAUUCUUGUCUUACUUCUACUGUUUAUACUCAUAGGCACCGCUACAUAUUGGCUACUAGUGUUGGUAGUGGAGUUAACGGAUAAAACUCUGUCACACAGUUUGAUUAUUUCCAGCAAACCCUCCAAAAAUUACAAUCCAAAGAAUAGUUUGAACGGAGUGAAUAAUCAGGCUGAGUUGAACCCCGUUGAGUUAAUGAACGUUAUUGAGGAACUGAGGAAGGAAAUCCAAAAGUUGAAGGAAGUAUCAUACAAGAAUUCACUGGCUAUAAAUGGAUUAUCCAAAGGUGAGUACAAGGUACCGGGUGUUGACGAGAACCUGGAAUCAGCAAAGCGUAGCAAGUUCGGAAAGGGCUCAGCUGUAGUUAACCUAAACUCUAACGGACACAGACAAGAUAUGAAAUUUGCCAAGAUAAGAGAUGAAGAUUCAGAGUUCGUUCCUGGGAUUAUAGAAUAUCAAGCAAACAUAACACAACAAUCUUGA